CUCCCUGCGGCCUGCAGUGGUAACAAGAUGGCCAAACGAACCAAGAAGGUUGGGAUUGUGGGUAAAUAUGGUACCCGAUACGGAGCUUCCCUGAGGAAAAUGGUGAAGAAGAUUGAAAUUAGCCAGCAUGCUAAAUAUACCGGUACUUGCUCCUUCUGUGGCAAGACCAAAAUGAAGAGGAAAGCUGUGGGUAUCUGGCACUGUGGCUCUUGUAUGAAAACAGUAGCUGGUGGCGCUUGGACAUACAACACCACUUCAGCGGUGACGGUGAAAUCUGCCAUCAGAAGACUGAAGGAGUUAAAAGAACAGUAGAAGCAUAUUUUUGUUCCACUGUUACUCUUCCUCUGCAGUUCAUGUCUUUAUUGUCAAUUAAAGGCGGCUGUGAACAUUGAA